CAAAUAACUGAGCACAGGACAAUCUGCAGUGUAGCACUAGUGUAGCACACUGGUGUGUAGCUGUGUUGGAGCUGAGGUUUCUAGCGCUGGACACCCGUGGGUGUGCCUCGGUCACACGUCUGUCGCCGACCGGUAACAAAGAUCAUUCUCUUGUCGUCUGGUGAUGUGACCACAACCAGCAGCAGACGGCCAGGCGGUCAAGAUGGCGAUCUCAGAGAAACUCACAGCGACGGUACUCACGCGGAUACGCAUGGGCCUUUACGGAACGCUGGUCUUCUUCAGUUUCUUUACGUUAGGUGGAGUUGCUAAUAUGAUGAAUAAAAAUAAUGUGUGUCCGCUGUACGGGGCGGUACAUGGAGCUCUGAUAACCUUUGACACGGGCGCGUGCACGUAUGCACUGGUUGCCUCCAUCUUGUUCCAGCUCUGCUACUGCCUCUACAGGUUCAUCACCAUGGUGCUGUUGCAUUUCAGGAAGAUCAGCGAAAACCACAUAAUAUUUGCCCCAGGAAUUCAGCGUCUCUACAUUUUACACGAGGUUAUAGUUACAAUUCUUACCUUUGUCUCUGCAUGCAUCUUGUCAGCUGGCAUUAACUCUUCAUGUUCCAAUAUUACAUGCUCACUACAGAAUUGGUAUUCUGCAGGACAGACUGCUCAGGCAGGGGCUUGGAUAAGCACAUUUAUUUUUGUAGCUCUGACCACAUUUGGUGUGCUGUACCUGCGUGGUGUCAACAGUGAAGCCCCCACACAGGGCGUGUCCUUCACCGCCUCCUCAGGGUAUCCUGGAACUGUCAUUUCCGGCAUUGACUCUAGCCAGCAGGGGGACACUGCCACACAUCCUAACCAGGAUAAUCCCCAUCCUAGUCAAGGAUCUAGUAAGGAUUACCCAAUGAAUGAGAACCCACAGUUGUAUUACCCACAGAAUCCUCCAAGAUAUGAAGAUAUCUUGAAAACAUAUUGAUACUUCAUUAAACAAUAUUCUUCAUGAAAACAUAUUGAUACUUCAUUAAACAAUAUUCUUCAUGAAAACAUAUUGAUACUUUACUGAACAAUAUGCAGGUCAAGUUAACAACCUGUUUUUUUGUUGCCGUUAACAUCAAAAUAAUACAACUCGACAUUGAUGCCCAAAUCCAGUUAUGCAGUGAUAUUGUGUAUAUUUCAUUGGACAAAAUCAAAUCUUUAUGAUAUUUUAAAUUGCAAUACAAUAAUUUAUGACUGUAAUGGACAUAUUAUGAAACUACUGCAAUAUAUCAUGUACAUGUCAGAUGUAAUGUUUUUAAGAACAGAAUUUUGCUUUGAAAAUAUAAAAAUGUAUGUGUGUAUGUAUAUUUACAUGUAAAGAAAGAUAAAAUUGAGUGAAAAACCAUAUAUUUAUUAUAACUUCUCUUUUCUAUUGUUGUUUUUAACUACAAACAUAAGUUUUGUUGGAAGUGUAUUUUUUAAAUAUUUUGUAUAGUUUCUAAAAUACUGACAUUUAGAUUUAUAGUUUUUUAUGUUGAUAAGUUGCAGUAAAACCUAUUAUUUAUAGAAUAGCAAUCACUCAACUAUUGUCGUGUGUCUUAACUAAACAAUUUUUUUUAAUGUAUACAUUUUAUGAAGGUGUUUUAAAAGCGGUAUAUUAAAAACAUCCACAAAUAAAUUCUCACAAUACUUUUCACAUUAUU